AUGUCAGAUAAUAAUAAUGAACAACAACCUCAACAAACACCACCUGUUGAACCUAAUCCAGUCAAUAUUGAAUCUAAACAACGUACUCGACAAUUAACAAAAGAAGAAAAACAUAAAAUACAUAAUCGUGCAUGCACCCUUGAACAACGUAAACGAUAUUACCAAUAUGGGAUUAAACAUCGAAAUAUUGAUAAACAAUUUACUAUUCGAAAUAUAAAGGACAUUCUUCGACAACAUCGAAUUUCAUUUACAGCUAUUAACUUCUCAACAUCAUCUAUUACUCAUGAACGUACAUUAUACAUUGGUAUAAAAGAUGCAUCAAAAUUAGAAACAUAUGAAAUUCAAAUUCAAAAUUUAUUUACCCGUGAACAUUAUAAACAAUUUCAAUAUGAAAAACGAGAGAUUUAUUAUCAUGCAAAUCGUCAUUAUCAUCGAAACAAUCAUCAUCAUCGCCAUACACCAAAUGAAUAA